AUGCGACGACGGCUGCGGCCGCUCGACGCUGCCUGCUCAGCGCUGGCGUUUAGCAAUGUCUCCUUGCACGCAGGCGUUGAGCACGGCCGAUACUUCGAGUCUCUCGUCGCGCUCUCGCAGCGUUUGGCCGCGGGCCACAGCGCGAGGGUAAUCACACUCGGCGGCAGUGUGCCCUACGGCAACAAUUGCUUCAGGCCGAGCGGCGAGAGCUACCGUGCAUGCUCGUGGCCCGCGCGGCUCGUGCACGCGCUGCGCGGCGCUUUCCCGUCGGCCACCAUCACGCACGACAACCUGGCGAGUGGCGGCAACAGCGUGGUGCACAUACUCUCCACGCUUGGCAUCGUGCUGCGCGAGCGCACCGACCUGAUCCUCCUCGACUCGCUGGUGAAAGACGCGUGGCGGAGCGGCAGCACGCAAGCGUCGCAGGCGCUCGAGGCGCUGCUGCGCACGGCGCGCGCGCUCGCGCCCACAGCAACGGUGCUCGUCGUCGAGGCGGCCGCGCCAGGCUUGGGCGACGAGGUGCAGCGGGCGAAGCGGCCGGUGCUCGAGCACUACAAGGUCGCGACGCUCGACUGGAAGUCCGCCGCGGCGGACGAGCCCGCGCUGUGGCGCGCCGGGCCCAUUGCGGGCACCACGGCCACUGACAUCAACCACCCGUCGUGGCUGACGCACCAGAUGAUUGCCGACCAACUCGUCGCGCUCUGGGCACGCGCCGCGCGGCGCGCGUGCCGGCGCGGCGGCGGCAUCGGCGGCGACGCGGCCGGCGGCGGCGCGGCCGGGCAGCGGCCACGCACGGGCGGCCACGCCGCGCCGCCCGCGGCCGGCGGCGCGGCGGCGGGAUGGUGGUGGCCACCGGCGCCGCUCUGGCGCGCGUCGGACCUCGCGCACUUUGACGUGUGCACCGCGCCUCUCAGCGUGUAUUCGAGCGCGGAGGCGGGCCGCAGCGACAGCCACGGCGGCGCAGGUGGCGGCGCAGGUGGCGGCGCAGGUGGCGGCGCAGGUGGCGGCGCAGAUGGCGGCGCAGGCGGCGGCGCAGGCGGCAGAACUCCAUCCGUUGGCGCGGCGGGCGGCACUCCGCGCUUCGCGCACGGCUGGCGCUACUACGCUGACCGGCCGAGCAAGUUUGGGUGGAUCGCGACCGAGCGCGGCGCGACGGUCGGCUUCGAGCUGCGCUUCGGUGCGGCGCCGCGCUUCGCACUCACCUACUUGCGCAGCUACGAGAAGGUGGGCCGCAUCGAGCUGCGCCUCCCGGCCAUCGGCUACACCGUCGUCGUCGACGCGCACUGGGUCGACCGCGCCUCGCAGUCGGACGUGCUCUGGUUCGGCACGACGCCGGGGCACGACACGACCAUCUCGUACAACACGCACCACGUUCCCGGGCUGCUGCCGAACGCGACGCACGUACUCGAGGCGCGGCUGCUGGCGGCACCCUCGGGAGCGGCGGAGAAGUUCAAGAUCGUGCAGCUCGUCUCGUGCUGA